AUGCAGAAUGCUGUCCAGGCAGAGCAGCAGAAGAACGUCGAACUCAAACGCGAGCUGGCAGAGGCUUUGCUUUUUGACUCUCCGGUUUGCACGGGUGCAGAAUCUGCGAACCUGCCAGCUGCGCAUAGCUGCGUAAGCAUCGUCCACCUGCAGGCAAGAGAGGCGCAGAGGAAAAGGCCGGAAGCUAAGGAAGCUAUGGCAUCAGGGCACAACUUGGAGAGUCAGGGUCUCACGAACACUAAGGCUGAAGGUCGUCUAGAGAAGCUUGAAGAGAAGCUCCAGGCGAAAAGAGAUGCCAUACAGGAGCUGCAAGAUGAGAAGGAUGCUUUAGAAACAAAGCUCGAAAAGAAAAAGAAGGAAAAUCGAGAUCUCAAGGAGGAGGUGGAGGAGCUCGAGAAGAAAUUGGAGAAGAAGGUUGGGGAUGAGAAAAAGAAGCAGAGGCAAGAAAGCCCAUCCAGUAGCGAAGAUGAAAAGGCCAAGAAGGCACAAACGAAGUUGAAGGUCGUUCUCUCGGAGCCGAAGCCAGAGCGGCAGCAGGGAUCGAAGGUGAUCCGAUAUGACCCCCCAUUGAUCCGUUACGUCGUUGUUUUCUUUUUGAUCCAGUUCGCACCACGGCGCGAUAGCGAUCGCCGCGGAAGGAGCCGAUCGAGAAGAUCCUCCAGUCGCCCCAGAAGCCGAAGCAGAGACUACCGCGCUGGCGGCAAAGGUGAUGGUAAAGGUGACGGCACACAGCUUUGCAUCCCCUACGUUCAGGGGCGCUGCCGGCGUGGGGAUACCUGUCGAGACAGACACCCUGCUGAUGAUCUGGAUGCAAUUUAUGACACCCUCAAGCGCAAGCCGUGCAGAUAUGGCGCUGACUGCAAGCGGCGGGACUGCGUUUUCAAGCAUCCCGAUGAUGGCCGGCGGCGCACAGACUGA